CUACGCGCUACUUAACUCAGCUGCCGUUGGACCUGUGUGUUGAAGCAGGGCAGUGCCGCUUCUGAAACACGGAAAGGAAAAACUGUUCAUAUAUCUGGAAGUACUCAGCUUUACUUGUGUUGCCGCAUGUUUCUGUUGAAGAACUUGAAGUUUUCAUGUUGUGCGACUCACUGUUGUUGUUGUGUAAUCCUCCACUGGCAUUUUUGCCAGCGACAAAUUACUAUUUCCAACGGGUCGUCAAAAGCUGCAUCCUGAUCUGUGCAUCCGUCUAUUUAGAAGAUGACAGGAGAAAAGAUCCGAUCCCUUCGUAAGGAUCACAAACCGAGCAAAGAUGAGGAUUUACUGGAACCGGACGAGGACGCUGCAACUGGGACAUUCACAUCAUCAACUAGGACUACUAGUGGUAAAGGGAAAGCUAACAAGAUAUUCAGCAAUCACAAGAUAACCAAGUCUGCAGCGACACAACAGCAACAUAAUCAGCAACAAACGCAAGUCAAUGCAAACACUAAUACAAUUGCAACCUCAGACACCAUCGAUGAUACAAAUAAAAAUCCCAUCAUUCAACCAGAGCAAGACUUUCCAGUUCACGAAUGUGUGGUCAAAGGAGAUGUACGGCGAUUAUCGUCACUCAUUCGAACUCAGAAUAUUGCUCAGAAGGAUGUGCAUGGGAACACACCACUGCAUCUUGCAGUCAUGACGGGCCACAAAGAGUGUGCCCAUCUGCUCCUGGCCCAUAAUGCACCUGUGAAGGUGAAGAACGCUCUGGGCUGGAGCCCUCUCGCUGAAGCCAUCAGCUAUGGAGAUCGACAGAUGAUCACGGCACUUUUGAGGAAGCUGAAGCAGCAGUCCCGGGAGAGCGUGGAGGACAAGAGGCCAAAGCUGCUGAAGGCUCUCAAAGAGCUUGGUGAUUUUUAUUUAGAACUUCAUUGGGACUUUCAAAGCUGGGUGCCUUUACUCUCACGAAUACUCCCAUCUGAUACAUGCAAGAUCACCAAACAGGGCCUCAACAUCAGGCUGGACACCACCCUCAUCGACUUCACCGACAUGAAAUGCCAAAGGGGCGACCUCAGUUUUGUCUUCACUGGCGACGCCGUCCCGUCUGAGUCCUUUGUGGUGCUGGACAACGAGCAGAAGGUGUUCCAGCGCAUCCACGACGAGGAGUCGGAGACGGAGACGGAGGAGGAGGUGGACAUCCUGAUGAGCAGUGACAUUUACUCCGCCACGCUCUCCACCAAAUCCAUAUCCUUCUCCCGCGCACAGAGCGGCUGGCUCUUCAAGGAAGACAAAACGGAGCGCGUGGGGAACUUCCUGGCCGACUACUACCUGGUGAACGGGCUGGUUCUGGAGUCGCGGAAGCGCCGGGAGCACCUGAGUGAGGAGGACAUCCUGAGGAACAAGGCCAUGAUGGAGAGCCUCAGCAAAGGCUCGUCUCACCUCAUCGAGCAGCACAUCGAGCAGCCGGUAAGGCGGCAGUCUCUCACGGCUCCUUCUCCGAACACAGUCUCCUGGGAGGAGUACAUCACGGCAGAAAACGGAAAAGCUCCUCACUUGGGUAGGGAGCUGGUGUGUAAAGAGAGCAAGAAGGCCUUCAAGGCAACUGUGGCCAUGUGUCAAGACUUCCCCCUGGGCAUCGAGUCGCUGUUAAAUAUUCUGGAAGUGGUUGCCCCCUUCAAACACUUCAAUAAACUCAGAGAAUUUGUCCAAAUGAAACUCCCUCCUGGCUUCCCUGUUAAACUAGACAUCCCGGUGUUCCCGACCAUCACCGCCACGGUGACCUUUCAGGAGUUCCGCUACGACGAGUUUGAGGACUCCUUCUUCACCAUACCCAGUGAAUACAAAGAGGAUCCCAACCGGUUUCCUGACCUUUGAACCCGCGACCCUAACAACCGAGAGAGAGAGAGGGAGACCCAGAGCGGACUAAAAGGACUGCUUAUGGACUCACAGAAGGGCAUUGAUGCCAGUGUGUUCUUAACGGGGUGAAAUAACAUAGGGAGCUCUUUUUUUUAUAUAUUAUGGAUGUGGUGUAUGUAAUGUUUGAUGGUAAAAAGGAAUAUGUUGAAUGGUAAAAAGGAAUAUGUUGAAUGGUAAAAAGGAAUAUGUUGAAUGGUAAAAGGGAAUAUGUUGAACUGACCUGUAGCGAAGCACUGAAGCAAAACAACUGCACAAACCGACAGACAGACAAACAGACAGACAAGCACUGCUCCUCAAUGUGGGGCAAGAAGGGUAUGUGUGUGCGAGUGUGUGUGUGUGUGUAUGUGUGCGUGCAUGUAUGUGUGUACCAUGAACCUUGGCACCAUCCUAAUGCACUACAUUGCAAAACCUUGUGCCGAGUGUCAAUCGGCAACCAAGAGGUGCUCUCCAACGGACCUAUUUAAUGCUACCGGUACUGUGUUCAGUACUGCGUUCAGUACUGCGUUACUCUGAAACACAAGGCUAAAGGCCAUGGAAACAUGAGUGUGUUUUCCUCUCCCCUUAAUGGAUGGCACGGUCUUCAUCACCUUAGAUGUGAGCAAAGGUGGCAUUAUAAAGGAUUUAUGUAAGCCUUUGUUUGUUUUUUUCUUAUAUACUUUUUGUAAGAACUGUGUUACAAAUAGUGGGAUACACUUUAAAGGACGGGAACAUAAUCAAAGGAGUUGUACAUUUUCAAGAAGAUGUAUAUGGGUGAGAAUGGGUAUAUGUAUAUGGGUGAGUGAUUGAUGGAAUAGCGUCAUGACAUGUAAUGUAAAUAGAAUUUCUACAGAUAAGGAAAGCCUUUUUUCUGUGUGCAAGGGGGGGACUUACCCCUUUACCUCCCACCCUCCUACCCACCCCCCCCAUUCUUGCCCUUUCUGUUUGUCUUUUCUUCUGUUAUUAAAGAGCGGGAACUGAGCUUUUUU